CGUCCCCUAUGCGUUUACCAGCCCACACACUCCAGAAAACACAGCCGUCUUUAUCAUAGAGGCAGUGAGAGAUGACAGCGAGGAGAGACGCUUCCCAGCCGCGGAGCAGCUCUCGCCUCCAGGAGAGGAAGGGAGCGGCGGACCGGGCGAAGGCUAACCCCGAUUGGUUUUAUCCCUCCCUUCGACAGGAGCCGGAGAAAGGGCCGACGUCCGCUGCGGGGAUCCAUGCACAUGUGGUGGGGGCUGUCGCCGGCUCCGGUGCAGCGGACGAGUCCUCUGACAGCGAAGCAGAGCAAGAAGGCCCCCAGAAACUCAUCCGGAAAGUGUCCACCUCAGGACAGAUCAGGAGCAAGACGAGUAUAAAGGAGGGAUUGUUGCUGAAACAGACCAGCUCGUUCCAGAGGUGGAAAAAGCGCUACUUCAAGCUGAGAGGCCGAACUCUCUACUACGCCAAAGAUGCCAAAUCCGGCAGUGCCCUGGCACGCUGGCAGGAGCGGGCGCUGCGCAGAGUGUCCAGGAGUCGCGUGUGCUGGCGAGUUCUGUCUGUGUGCUGGACGGGCGCAAGACGCUCCCCCCCACCUCUGGGUGCCAGCGGAUCUGAGGAAGGCCUAGUGAGAAUUCGGUCCCUUAUCUUUGAUGAGGUGGAUCUAUCGGAUGCAAGCGUUGCAGAGUCCAGCACAAAGAAUGUCAACAACAGCUUCACAGUGAUCACUCCGUUCCGUAGGCUCAUCCUCUGUGCUGAGAACCGGAAAGAGAUGGAGGACUGGAUCAGUUCACUGAAGUCCGUCCAGUCCAGAGAACAUUACGAGACGGCACAGUUUAAUGUGGAACAUUUCUCAGGGAUGCACAACUGGUACGCCUGCUCCCAUGCACGGCCCACCUUUUGCAACGUCUGUAAAGAUAGCUUGUCUGGGGUCACGUCUCACGGCCUUUCCUGUGAAGUGUGCAAAUUCAAAGCCCAUAAACGCUGUGCUGUCAGAGCCACCAACAACUGUAAAUGGACCACCCUGGCUUCCAUAGGAAAGGAUAUUAUUGAGGAUGAGGAUGGGAUUGCUAUGCCUCACCAAUGGUUGGAAGGCAACCUGCCCGUCAGUGCCAAGUGUGCCGUGUGUGAUAAGACAUGUGGCAGCGUACUCAGACUGCAGGACUGGCGCUGCCUCUGGUGCAAAGCUAUGGUGCACACAGCCUGUAUGGACCUGUACCCUCGCAAGUGUCCUCUUGGCCAGUGCAAAGUCUCCAUCAUUCCCCCUACGGCGCUCAACAGCAUUGACUCCGAUGGCUUCUGGAAGGCCACCUGUCCACCAUCAUGUGCCAGUCCCCUCCUGGUCUUCGUCAAUUCCAAAAGUGGUGACAACCAGGGAGUGAAAUUUCUACGACGCUUUAAACAGCUCCUCAACCCGGCUCAAGUCUUUGACCUGGUCAACGGCGGGCCCCACCUUGGUCUACGCCUCUUUCAGAAGUUUGACAACUUCCGGAUCCUGGUGUGUGGAGGCGAUGGGAGUGUUGGCUGGGUCCUCUCAGAGAUUGACAAACUCAAUCUCCACAAACAGUGCCAGCUGGGGGUGUUGCCCUUGGGCACGGGCAAUGAUCUGGCACGGGUGCUGGGCUGGGGCCCAUCAUGUGACGAUGACACCCAGCUGCCCCAGACCCUGGAGAAGUUAGAGAGGGCCAGCACCAAGAUGCUGGACCGCUGGAGCAUCAUGACCUACGAGAUUAAGAUCCCACCCAAACACAGCUGCCCCACCACGCCUGAGGGAGCCGACAACUGCCAGUUUCACAUUUCAGCCUAUGAAGACUCAGUAGCUGCUCACCUCACAAAGAUCCUCAACUCUGAGCAGCAAACUGUGGUCAUCUCCUCUGCCAAGAUCCUAUAUGAAACAGUGAAGGAUUUUGUUGCCAAAGUGGGGAAAGCCUAUGAAAAAAGUACAGAGAACACUGAUGAGUGCGACACUAUGUCUCUCAAAUGUGCAAUCCUGAAUGAGAAACUGGACUCCCUCCUCCAUACCCUCAACACAGAGUGCCAGAUAGAGACAAUUCCCCACUCCACUCCGCCUAUCGUAGAGGAGGAGCAGGAGGAGGACGACGACGAAGAAGAGGAGGCCAGUGAGGAGAGCCUGACGGAGCUGAAGGAGAAGCUGGAGGAGCAUGAGACAGAGAAAGGAGGAGGAGGUUCCCCACACCAGCUGUUCAAAAGCAGGGAGCAGCUGAUGCUCAGGGCCAACAGUCUGAAGAAAGCCGUGCGACAGAUCAUAGAACAGGCUGAGAGAGUGGUUGAUGAGCAGAACACCCACACAGAUGAGACCGAGCUGCCAUCUCCCCUGGAGUUCAGGAAGGACAGCGAGGAAGAGAACAGAGACAGCGAGAAGGAUGAGGACACCAAAGAACUGGAAGCGCUGCCAUCUGCUAAAAGUCCCUGUUCUCCAACGGAGAGGAGGGUGAGCCGCAGCACUCAGUCCUGUGGCUCCUUCACCAUCACCUCCUUCACCACCAGCAAGGAGAACCUCCCUGUACUCAACACACGCAUCAUCUGCCCUGGCUUGCGGGCAGGUCUGGCUGCCUCCAUCGCUGGCAGCUCCAUCAUUAGCAAGAUGCUGCUGGCUAACAUCGACCCCUUCGGUGCCACACCCUUCAUCGACCCCGACCUCGACUCACUAGAGGGCUACAUGGAGAAGUGUGUGAUGAACAACUACUUUGGCAUCGGCCUGGAUGCCAAGAUCUCCCUGGAGUUCAACAACAAGCGAGAGGAGCAUCCAGAGAAAUGCAGGAGUCGUACAAAGAACAUGAUGUGGUAUGGUGUUUUGGGCACAAAGGAGCUUCUGCAGAGAACCUACAAGAACCUGGAGCAGAAGGUCCAGCUAGAGUGUGACGGCCAGUACAUCCCCCUGCCCAGCCUUCAGGGGAUCGCAGUGUUAAACAUUCCUAGCUACGCAGGCGGCACCAACUUCUGGGGCGGCACCAAGGAGGAUGAUAUCUUCUGUGCCCCAUCAUUUGAUGAUAAAAUCCUGGAAGUUGUAGCUGUGUUUGGGAGUAUGCAGAUGGCUGUGUCCAGAGUCAUCAAACUGCAACACCACCGCAUAGCACAGUGUCGAACAGUGAAGAUUACGAUCCUGGGAGAUGAAGGGGUUCCCAUUCAGGUGGAUGGUGAGGCCUGGAUCCAACCGCCUGGAGUCAUCAAGAUCCAGCACAAGAACAGAGCUCAGAUGCUAACCAGAGACCGGGCGUUUGAGAACACGUUGAAGUCAUGGGAGGACAAGUUGAAGUAUGAUAAGCCUCCUUUGCGGCCUCACCUCUACCCACAGCAGUCUGUGGACCUGGCUACAGAGGAGGAGGCCGCCCUGGUGCAGAUGUGCGCCCGAGCUGCAGAGGAGCUCAUUACAAGGAUAUGUGAGGCUGCGAAGACCAAUGGGCUUUUAGAGCAGGAGCUGGCUCAUGCUGUUAAUGCCGCAUCUCACGCCAUCAACAAAACACACCCAAAGUUCCCAGAGAGUCUGACCAGAAACACAGCUAUAGAGGUGGCCAGCACUGUCAAGGCUCUGUACAACGAGACAGAGUCACUUCUGUUGGGCCGUGUCUCUCUGCAACUGGAUCCACCAGAGGAGGAGCAGCUGUCCAGUGCUCUGCAGAGUGCAGAGGUGGAACUGGGCAAACUGGGAGAGAUCCCCUGGCUCUACCAUAUACUGCAGCCCAAUGAUGAGGAGGACCACUCUCUGGGUUACGGCAAGAGGAACAGUCGCAGCAGCAUGUUUCGCAUAGUGCCCAAGUUCAAGAAGGAGAAGGCCACCAAGAAGACGAGCCCUCAGUCAGUGGAGAGAUGGGGCACAGAGGAGGUGGGCGUCUGGCUGGAACAGCUGAGUCUGGGGGAGUACAGAGACACCUUCAUCCGACACGACAUCCGAGGUUCGGAGCUACUGCACCUGGAGAGGAGGGACCUGAAGGAUCUGGGGAUAUCGAAAGUGGGUCAUAUGAAGAGAAUUCUCCAGGGAACUAAGGACCUGGCCAAGGCCUCUAUGGUUGACCUCUAACCCGGACGCAGAUGCUACCGAAGAGGGGAAACAAACAUUCCCCUUACAUCAGUGGAAGAGAUUGGGAGCACCAUAGGCAGUGAAGGAGAAGACAGUUUUUCAAGGAAAGCUGGAUUUUAUCCCUCGGCUGAGAAAGCCUUUGUGAUGGGGUUAACAAGAUACAUUAGUGUGUUUGUGCUUCUGUGCCAAAAUGUUGAGAAAGCUGAUGGAAGUGCAAAAGGAAGUCAUGGAUCUUCACAAAAAAAGCCAUUUCUAAGUUAAUAACCACUCAUAGCACACAAUCAGGUAUGCGCCUAACCAUGCUGUUGACAGUUGACUUGCUGUCUAAGUUGUGACAAUAAACUAGUAGCAAAACUAGGACUUACAUGUGUGUGGGAUUAAGUUUCUGUUCAGUGCAGUAGUGUGUAGAAAUGCGAUGUCUGGAUCUUUGCCUCACAUCACAGAGCUGCAGAUGCAUUAAAGCAACCUUCGGGUUUUAGUAGUGCUGCUGUUCAGAGGAGACAGAGAAGAUACACUUGUAACGUCACAGUCUUGGUGGUAAUCUGGAAGGUGUGGUGUUUGAAAACAGUGGGAUACUGUCGCAUGCUAUGCUUGCUCAACUUUAAAUAUGUUUAAUUGCAUGAUUAGUGUCUUGAUUUCUUUGCGUGCAAAAUAACACUUGAACAAGUUUUACAUAACUUAAGUAUUACGAUGCCAUUUGUUACUACUGAAAGCAUCCUUUUCGGUCUAAAUCAAACUUUUUUCCUAGCUUUAAUUUAUUUUGUUUGCAUGAUAAUGAUUUGUCAAAGAUUUGUUUUAAGUGCCAUAUUUUCAGUUAUUUAGUUUAAAAUGUGCUUGAUUGAUAGACAUCAUAAGACGUUUUUUAAAAAAGCUGUUGAUGAGGUAUACAUAUAUGGAAUUAAUAUCUGUACGUUGACACGUUGUCUGUGGGUGGAAAAUCAGUACCAAAGUGAAUGUCCAAGAAAAUGACUCAUAUGAUGACUUUCUUCCGAUCUCACCACUUAAUUUGAAAAGCCACUAGGUCUUAGGUGUUAAUUCCAAUUAAGGUGGGAAAAAGGUUAGUAUUAGUCAGGAAGAAAGUAAAAUUGUUGGUCUGAAGCCAAUCACAAAUACUGUAGGGUUGUUUUUUUAAGAAAUACUUAAAAGGCACUUUUUACUUCUUGCUUUAUGCAAGUGCAAAGCCUCAUAUCAUUACAUAGAAUUAACAGUUCACCUCAACUUUUUAACUUUUGGCAAUUUAACACAGUAUUUAACAAUAAUGAGAAUAGGAGUUAGAUAUUGGUUUGUAAUAGAGCAGUUGAUCUGCAGCCUGCAUAGCAUUGUUCAAGCGCAGCUUUUUUCCCUUCAAAUUACAAGUGAGAUGUUGUUAGAACAGUACUUUUACUUGUUAGUUUCUUUUAAGACUGGUGGCAUUACAGGGUAUAUUUCUAUAUGUGAUGCUAAGUUUGUAUAUAUAUAUAUAUGCACUGUAUAUACAGUAUACCAGUGUAUGCAAACAAUGUUUCUAAGUGUUGUAGUCUAAUGCGUUUGUAGAUUGCUGACAUGGCAUGCAUUGUCAACAGCUUACACAUUUGAUUGUGUAUAUUACACCAUAACAAUUGUGUAUUGUUGAAUCUCUUGUACAUGAUAAUGCUGUUGUAUUCUAAUGAUGGUGCAAUAUUUUAUCUCUUGUUUUGAUACUGUCUUUGCAGCUUUCCAACAUGAUGUUUCUCAGUGGGGAAAAAACAACAACCUCGAAAUAGUUUUUUGUACAUGUACUCCUCCUCAAGGUUUGGGGAUUAGAUUUUAAAAGUUAGACACAUAGACAGACUGGUUUUUCUUACGGACUCCAAAUUUCUUCCAGCAGUUCACUAGUUUGUAGUUUUGCUCCUUUGUGCUUCCAAGAUGAUACACUAAAGUAGGACUGUGUCAAUGAAUGAGUAGAAUAAGCAGGCAUGACUGUUGUGUCAAUAUAAUGUAUGGAUCGCAAUGUGUUUGUGUGUGUCUACUACAACAAUCGCAUAUUGUACCUUAUCUGCAGGUAUAUAAUUACCAUUGCCAACUAAUUUUAACUCUAAUCAUUUAGUUUUUCCCCUUUGAAAAAUAAUUUGUCGCUUGUAUGUUGUUUUUAAUUCUACCUUUUUCCCUCUCAGAGUAAUGUGUUGUUUGCUAAGAAUUUGUUUAAAAACCUACUCUACCUACUUUUUUUUUUUUUUUUUUACCGACUAUCGAGUACUAGAAUUUAACAAGGCGCACAACUUUUCACCAUUCAUCAAAAUAUAUAUAUAUAGAAUGUGAGUGAAUCAGGGGCUGAAUUCACAGUAGUCAUGUAUUGUCUCUAAUAUCCCAUAAGAGGGCGACCUAUUACAUCUGACUUCUCCACGGUCCCUGAGUCACAUCAGACAGCACGAUUUUACAGUCUCUUAUGCUAUCAGUUGUCAGACUACUUUUUUUAACAUAUUGUAGUGUUGCUCAUUGGCAUGCAGUAAUCAAUAAGCGUAAAUCAAAUGCCAAUCUAAGAUAAAUUGUUAUUGGUCAUCCUUUAACUAGCCAAAGAUAGUCAUUAUUUACGAAGAACCACGAAAUUUUAAACAUCAGAGAUUCUGUCCCAUUUUGUUGCACAUUUGUCUGACUGAAGAUCAUUUCGUCUCAUGGACAGAAGUUUUCUUUUUAUUCAUUUAGUAUAUCAGAUUCAUUGUUAACUAUUUGAUGACAGUUGGCCUUUCUGGAUAUAGGUUUUUGUCUAAGUUGAAGCCUUUCUGUUAGUAUGUGCUUUAAAUGGAGCAGUAUAAUAGAACUGCUGUUCGCUGCCUUGUUCCUGCAGUGCUCAUUAAGUUUUGCCUCACAUCCAUUUAAUCUCCAUCAUGUCAGUUACCGAACAGAAUCCAUUAAUACUGUUGCAGCUCCUGUGUUGUGUCGGUCUAUGUUUAUGUUCUCUGUGCGGUCAAAGUGUCUGCUGGGUUCUCUAAAUCUUAAGUGUUUUGGCCCCAGACUCCAGGCAAGAGAAUGCUUGACCUUUCCAUACAAAGUGGAAGUAGCCACCUUUCUCCCUUGCUGUGUUUUCCAGUGGUCUGUAAAUAAUGCUGCAAACUGCCUGGUUUUCAAAACCAAACAAAAACCCAUGCAAGGAUCUGUAAAAGACAGGAUGAGAUAUAGUCUUUGACAUAGUUCCUAAAGUGAUGGGAGAAAAGUGAGUUUCAUUUGUUUACAUUAUGUUUACAAUGGCACAGUUUUCAUUUUUAAGAAUAUAUAUGUAGGUAUAAACAAUAUUUGCAUAUUUAUUGCCUAAGGUUAAAUGAUAAUGUGUAUCGUGUUUUCACAUUUGGAAUAUAAUGUUACAGUUGUCACCUGUGUUAAUAUCUGGAUGAUUUUGGUAAAGUAGUUGAUAAUUUUUAUGACUACUAAGUGACUGUUUUCUGUGCCUUUUUAUGGUUAGAAUGCAUGGUAAACUAUUUAUUACAAUUUGAAGUCACUGAGAUGUGUAUUUUUGUAUUCUGAAUAAAUAAAUGGUCCAGUUUUUGUUGUACAUUUUUAAGGUGCCUUAAAAUAGGCUACCUAUUCAUAUCUCUCUUCUUCAAUAAAACCAAAUACAUAUGCA